AUGUGCCAGCCCCAGCUGCUGCUGGCCCUGCUGCUCCUGCUUCCCUGCCCAUGGGCCAAUGCCAGUGCUCUACAGGGUCAGAUUGUGGGAGGCCAUGAGGCUCAGCCCCACUCCCACCCUUACAUGGCAUACCUGAAGGUAGGAAUGUUAGCUUGCGGAGGCUUCCUGGUGGCCCCUGACUGGGUGAUGACAGCCGCACACUGCCUGGGUAACGCCACAGUCAUCCUGGGGGCUCACAACAUCCACGAACCAGAAACGACCCAGCAGAUCCGGGGAGUUCUCAGAUACCACCAGCACCCUGAAUACGACCCCAACGCCGUGUCCAAUGACAUCAUGCUGCUCAAGCUGACAGCGAAGGCCACUCUCAAUGACUACGUCAAGACCAUCACACUGCCCAAGACAGUCAGCGACCUCCCCACGGGCACCAAGUGCAGCAUAGCCGGGUGGGGCCUGAUCGAUGACGACCAGGCAACCAACAAGCUCUUUGAAACCAAAGUCUCCAUCUACAGCCGCAGGAAAUGCAUCCGCUUCUAUCCACAUCUCAACACCGGCACGGUCUGUGCUGGCAGCUUCCACGAGCUCAGGGAUUCCAGCCAGGGAGAUUCUGGUGGGCCCCUGGUAUGCAAUAAGGUGGCACAAGGCAUCGUUUCCUUCGGGUACAACACCCCGCCUGGAGUCUACACCCGCAUCUCCAACUACCUGCCCUGGAUCAAAAAAACGCUGAAGAAGUAG